AUGGGCUCCGGCGUGAGCGCUUCAGGCCCGGCAGGGGCUGGUCUUUGCCCCCCCAGCCACAGCCGAGGGGCUGAACUGAGACUGGACGCCGGAGAAGGUGACACAGGGCCUGCUCUCCUGCAGCAACUGAAGCAGCAGCGUGACAAGCUGAAGCAGUACCAGAAGCGCAUCACGCAGCAGCUGGAGCGGGAGCGGGCCCUGGCGCGGCAGCUGCUGCGGGACGGCCGGAAGGAACGGGCCAAGCUGCUGCUCAAGAAGAAGCGAUACCAGGAGCAGCUCUUGGACAAGACGGAGAACCAGAUCAGCAGCCUGGAGACCAUGGUUCAGAGUAUCGAAUUCACCCAGAUUGAAAUGAAGGUGAUGGAAGGGCUGCAGAUUGGAAACGAGUGUCUGAAUAAGAUGCACCAGGUGAUGUCCAUAGAAGAAGUGGAGAGGAUCCUGGACGAGACCCAGGAGGCUGUGGAGUACCAGCGGCAAAUAGAUGAGCUGCUGGCAGGAAGCUUCACUCAGGAGGACGAAGAUGCCAUCCUGGAGGAGCUGAGCGCAAUCACUCAGGAACAAAUAGAGCUGCCAGAGGUUCCUUCAGAGCCCCUACCUGAGAAGAACCCAGACAAAGUCCCUGUCAAGGCUAGGCCCAGGCAAGCAGACCUGGUGGCAGCUUCGUAACUCACCUUCUCUUGCGGGACUCGCAGGGAUUCCUCAAGGACUGUGGCCCACAGAAGGUUUGAGUUGAGGCCAGCUCCGACCGAGCUCCCUGGAGGUCAGCAUGACGGUGCUGUGCAGAGCCACGGUGCACACAGGCUCGUGCACAUCGGGAGGACAGCGCCUCCCUCACAGUGUAAAGUCUGAUUGCUCUUGGCGCUGCUGUCUUGCUCUCAUUUCUGGAUUAAACGGCAACAUUCAAACUCUCAGCCGAGCCCAGCCUCUACGGGUUGUGGUUCCUGCGGAGGCCGUGGCCCAACCUGAUGCUCCUGGUGCUCUUCAUCUGCUGUCCCCAGCCCUGUGCAGCCGCGCUUCUGUGGGGAAGGCGCCAUCAGACCUUAGGGUCCCCACACUUCCUGUUAUGUCCUUGCUGUUCCCACUAGCUGGUGGUGACUUCCUUUAAGGGGUCCUUCCCGUGGCCUGGCUUCCUUACAUGCCUCAGUUUCCAUGUAGGUUGGGGAUGGAAACCCCAGGAGGCGGCAUUUGCUGAGCCUCUCAGUGCCUCUGCCUUAGCGCCCCAAGCUCCAGCCCCAGUUUGGGUAUGUGGGACUGGGGGAAUGACACUCCAGGAGCCCUGACUUCACCCUGCCACCCAGGGUCUGACACAGUGGCUUGGUCCUGCUGAGAGAGGACAUCUGGAAGGUGGUGGCGAGACCCUGCCCUGGCAUGUGCAGCCCCUGAAGUUUGCCCGUGGGGGUCCCUGCAGCUCAUGCACCUGUGGAGACCUGGGAUGCUCAUGACCGGCCAGCUCUGGAGCUGCCAGCAGCCAAGACAGGAGGCCACAGAGCGUGGAAUGACUUCUCGUGCACGGGGCUGAUUUUGUCAUUAACAGUCUCGACAGGAUUCCCCCAUCUGUGAGAAGCAAGUGGGCAGAGGCCCUGGGGGCCACCAAGGACACAAGCAGAGCUGCCUCCUUAGCCCCCAGACGGGCCGGCCUGUAUUAAAGUUGACCUGCACAGCC